UCUCCCUCUUGCUCCCCAAAGAAGAACAGUCUCUUCCACCCGUGGGUGGUUAAGAUACUUUCCUUCUACCGCGAGCGUCUCUGGAUGGAUGGGACGAAGCAGCAACCUGCUGGUCACCGGCACCAGCUCAGACAGUAACUGAGGUCAUCUCUGGGAGGCUGUCACGCCUUCUUCUCCCCCUCCUCUGCUAUUUCUCUGUCUCUGCCAUUGGAGGUGUGUGUCUGUUCCUUUGGGAGCGGGGAAGCAGAACCCUGGCUGCCAGACAUGCAAGAGGGUUCCUUGCUUUUGUGUGCAAGUGCGGGUGUGUAUGUGUGUGACCAUGAGGCUGUCACUGGGUAUGUAGGAUGCCCCUGUGUCUGGCCGUGUGUGCACGUGGGUGUGUGAGUGUGCGCUGUGUGUCCUCAUUGUUCUCCCAGCCCUGCCGCCCAAGCCGAGCAGAGAGGGUGACCUUGAAGAGGUCACAAGCAGCAGCAGCACCAUGGCCACGGCUGCUUCCGUGACCAGCCUGGCAGAUGAGGUCAACUGCCCCGUCUGCCAAGGGACCCUCAGAGAACCGGUCACCAUCGACUGUGGCCACAACUUCUGCCGAGUCUGCCUCACCCGCUACCUGGAGAUCACCAGCCCGGACCCCGAGGAGCCCCCGACCUGCCCGCUCUGCAAGGAGCCUUUCCGUCCAGGGAACUUCCGGCCCAACUGGCAGCUGGCCAACGUGGUGGAGAACAUCGAGCGUCUCAAGCUGGUGACCCAGAUGGACUCAGACGAGGAGGACGUCUGCCCCGAGCACGGGGAGAAGGUCUACUUCUUCUGCGAGGACGACGAGAUGCAGCUGUGCGUGGUGUGCCGGGAGGCCUGGGAGCACCGCGCCCACACCGUGCGCUUCCUGGAGGAUGCUGCGGGGCCCUACCGGGAACAAAUACAGAAGUGUCUUGAGUGUCUAAGAAAAGAGAGAGAGGAGAUUCAAGAAAUUCAGUCAAGGGAAAAUCGAAGGAUACAAGUCCUCCUGACUCAGGUGGCCACCAAGAAACAAAAGGUGAUUUCUGAGUUUGCACAUCUGAGCCAGUUUCUGGAAGAGCAGCAGAGCAUCCUCCUAGCCCAGCUGGAGAAGCUAGAUGAGGACAUCCUGAAGCAUCGGGAUGAGUUUGAUGUCCUGGUCACUGGGGAGAUUGGCCGGUUCAACACCCUCAUUGAGGAACUGGAGGAGAAGAAGGAGAGGCCGGCGAGGGAGCUCCUGACGGAUAUCAGAAGCACUCUAAUCAGAUGUGAAACCAGAAGGUGCCGGAAACCAGUGGCUAUAUCUCCGGAGCUGGGCCAGAGGAUUCGGGACUUCCCCCAGCAAACCUUCCCGCUGCGGAGGGAGAUGAAGCUGUUUCUGGAAAAACUCAGCUUUGAGUUGGAUUAUGAGCCAGCGCACAUCUCUCUAGAUCCCCGGACUUCCCACCCCAAGCUCCUGCUGUCCGAGGACUACCAGCAGGCUCGUUUCUCCUACAAGUGGCAGAAGUCACCGGACAACCCCCAGCGUUUUGACCGGGCCACCUGUGUCCUGGCCCACGGUGGCUUCACAGGGGGCAGACACACGUGGGUGGUCAGUGUGGACUUGGCUCACGGGGGCAGCUGCACCCUGGGCGUGGUCAGUAGGGACAUCCGCCGGAAGGGGGAGCUGCGGAUGCGGCCAGAGGAGGGGGUGUGGGCGGUGAGGCUGGCAUGGGGCUUUGUCUCAGCCCUGAGCUCUUUCCCCACCCGCCUGACCUUGGAGGAGCAGCCCCAGCAGGUGCGGGUGUCCAUUGACUACGAGGUGGGCUGGGUGACCUUUGCCAACGCCGUCACCCAGGAACCCAUUUACACCUUCACUGCCUCCUUCACCCAGAAGGUCUUUCCCUUCUUUGGGCUCUGGGGCCGAGGGUCCAAGUUCUCCCUGAGUUCCCAAGAGGGUGCAGAUACCCUGUCCUAAGCACAGGGCUCAAAGAGAGGACCUAAGGACUUGACCCUGGAUGGGUCACCUGAGAUUUGAAAUGACUGCUUUAGAUGAUGUGAUAGAGUUGGGACUUUGGAGAGGGACAAGGUGGGAUGACCUUCAGUCUGCUGAUCAAGCCCUUUCCUCAAUGCUGGCUGGAUGGGACUCGGACCACUGCCAGCCCUCCUCACCACCAUCCCCACCAGGCACAGAAGUACUGUGUAAGAGGUAGGAAUACUGGAUUUGAGCGAGGAAGGCUUGGAUUCUAGACCCAGCCUGGUAAUCAACUUAUUAUAUGAUCUUAAACUAGGCAUCUCACCUCUCUUCAUCUUGUUUUCUCCCCUAAAAUAUUAGAGUUCAUCUACUCAUAUCCUUAGGAAAUAUUUGUUGUGUGCUAAUUAUGAGCCAAGCAGUAUGGUAGCCACUGGUGACAUGAAAAGGAAAA